GAGAUUGUGUGAGAAGAGAGUUGAGCUGAGCUGAGCUCUGAAGAAGAAGAGGUGUAAGCUAGAGGAAGAAGAAAGUAGCUGUACCAAAGUGAGUGGUAGAGAGUGGGUGAGAUCAAUGGAGCUCUUCCCUUCGCAGCCGGAUCUUUCCCUCCAGAUCGGCCUCCCCACGGGUGCAAGCGCGGCGACGCAUGGCCAUGAUAACCACCACGGCCUAAACGCGAGGUUCUUUGCCGCGGGCGGCAGCACGGCAAUGGCGGCACCGUCGCCGUCGCUGCCGCUUCCCAUGCCGAUGCCGCUGCCGCUGCCCAUGGCGCCAGCCGCCGGCGGCGGCCUGCAGUUCUACCAGCACGCCAACCCCGACGCCGCCGCUGCCGCCGCCAUGCUGAGGCCCAUCCGUGGCGUGCCGCUGUACCACCACCACGCCGCCGCCGCCGCCGCCGCCGCCGCGGCGCCCUUCGUGGCCCCGGCGCAGCUUCCGCACCACGCGGCGCAGUCCGCCGCGGCGCCGUGCUACUGCGAGCCGUGCCACGUCGCCGGCGCGUGGCGCCGGGCGGGCUGCGGCGCGGUGGCGGCGGCCGCGCGCGGCGUGCUCCCGGCGAAGCGCGCCCCGCGCGCGCCGCGCAUGCGGUGGACGUCCACCCUCCACGCCCGCUUCGUCCACGCCGUCGAGCUCCUCGGCGGCCACGACAGGGCAACCCCAAAGUCAGUUCUUGAGCUGAUGGAUGUGAAGGACCUCACCCUGGCUCAUGUCAAGUCUCACUUGCAGAUGUACAGGACCGUGAAGAAUACCGAAAGGCCGGCAGCUUCGUCAGAGCAAGCUGAUGGGUUUGAGAACGGGUCGGCCGGCGAGAUCUGCGACGAGAACUCGCUUGAUUUGCACGGCGGCUGCCGGCCGGAGGCGAUGGCGGCGGCGGCGCGACAUGGAAGGUUAGCUGCUUGUAACGAUCAUGGGAGCAGCACCGGUGCUCAUGGCGCCCUGUGGAAUAGCUCCUCAAGGGAGGACUGGUCUGGCUUCCCAAGUGAGUCCAACACUGGAAGCAUGCAAACUCUGAAGGAUAUGCAGUCCAAGAGCCUGGAGAUCUUAUCAGACAUGAACUCCUGCGUCUCUGAGACGACAUCGAGCACGAGCGAGCUGAACCUCGAGUUCACCCUAGGGCGACCUCAAAACCGACCAAAUUAACACUAGCUAAGAUCAAUCGACACCGAUCACGGUAGACAAGCGACCUGUGAGAACAUCAUCAUGAUCAUCGUCGACAAGAAUUAGGGGGAGUAGUUUGCAAGUUCAUCGAUCAUUCAUUCAUGUUUUAACAUGGUCCCAAUUCAAAGAGUAGACAUUGUCAUCUUUCACUGUUGAAAAAGAUGUUCAUGCUGAAGGACAGUGGAAAGGAGGGGAAAGCUAGCUGGAUAUAUAGUGGUAGAGAGUGAAAGCAAGAGCAUCGUACCAAUGGGAAAUGGGGUUAAUGUCUAGGUCAAUUUAGAGGGCUUUUUAUGCAGUUGUAACAAUGAGCUAUAGCUAGCUGAUGGGGGAAGAAAAAAAAGGAGGGAAAGGGUGGCUUUUCUACUGCAAUCACAUGCAUGUCCAUGAGCUUUGCUAUCUAGAUAGCUUUUGUAGCCUUGACAGUAGGGAGAGAAAAGAGAUAAAGUUGAUCUAUGUGUAUGCACAUUAUGCAGAGUGUUGUUCAAGAUCUUUAGGGAGAUAAGGUGACCAUGACAACAACAAGAAAAACAUAUACCUGCUGACAUCCAUGUAUGCUUAUUAUUAGUCAGUGAUCAACUGUCCUGAAACAUGCAAAAUUA